AUGAUUGAACUGUCAGUGUUCGUUCAGAAUACAAUAAGGAAACGUGGAUUUCAAUCGCAUAUAAUAAAUCAAUGUGCUAGGGCCGUUUUGAAAUUAUUCAUCAUGCAGCUAAUUGACUUAAACUAUUACAAAAACUUGCUUCGUGAUUCAUGUUUGAUAUAUAUAAAGAUCCAAAAUCCGAAACUUGUAUUAUCUGACUGUUAUAGUUGUGAAAGUAUAGACUAUGUAAACGUUAUCGAAAAUUAUUUGUUAGCUUUGGAUUCAUAUAGAGAUCUUGAGUGGCCUGUGAUGUUUACCAACAGCUAUGACACACAAACGAACGUGCAUAAUGUAACUCAUAACUUAUUUUAUAAUGAUUUACUACCUUGUAAUUUUGAAUCUAAUCUGAAGAUUGAUCCAAUUAAAGCAAUUGAAUCUAAAAUCAACGGAUGGUUUAUGCAUUGGAGAAAUUGUGACGAUACAACAGGAAGAGAUAUACGAUCUUUAUAUAAAUUAGAUUUAUUUUUAAACCCCUCUAUAGAAACUUGGUCCAUAAUGGCGUCUAAUUACAAUACCAUCAAUUACAAAAAAAUCGAUCUUUAUUAUGAUAGCCAAGUAAUCAUUGCACAAAUAAGUGGGUCAUUUAAGUAUAAAUUAGUACCCAAAGAUCCAUGUACAGAUACAUGUAUGGUGUUGAAAGGCCGAUUGAUUAAAAACGAUAUACUAAUGUUUAACAGUUUUCUCUGGGAAUUCCAUUAUCUACCGCUAAACAAUUUUGCAGAGAGUAUAGCGUUUAUUUAUCACUUAGAAUAAUUAUUUUUAAAGUAUUAAUAUAUAGUUAUAAUGAUUGAAAAUUAUGUAUUGUAUAUUUGUUUUAAUAUACAGUAAAACUAA